AGAUCAAUGCCGUGUCUCUGGCGAUCCGGCAUCAUACCACCGCAAAUACACCAAUCAAGGCGGUUCGCUUCAUCACUUGCACUCUUAUCCCGCCUCCGAAGAAGGUUGUGCUUGCGGCACUCGGGAUCCCUCUUAUGCCGGGCGGCAAGCCCGAAGCGCCCACCCCGAUCGUGAGGAAGGCCGAGAGUGAUUUCUUGGACGUGGUAAAUGGGGGAACAUACAAUGCCAUCUUGUCUCUCCAAGAUGGGACAUGGAAGGUUGAUACUUGCGAAUUAGUUGCAGAGGGCUCAGAACCUCAGAUUUCUCCUGAGGAGCUCGCCGACUGUGAAUACAUCGUCCGCAGAGAUCCCACAGUUCAAGCCCUCGCGAAAGAAGUUGGAGUGCUGCCUGAACAAAUCUAUGCUGACGGUUGGGCCAUCGGCUAUGAUGACCGCUUCCCGAAGAGCACUCGCUUGCAACAAGCCUUUCUCUUCGCUCGUUUAUCUGAGCAUGAGAACCUCUAUGCCCACCCCUUGGACUUUGUCGUAGUCAUCGACUCAGUCGCAGAGAAGGUCGUCCAUAUUGACUUCCCGCCGACCUACAAGAAGGCCAAGGAUGGUUCUGCAGAGCUGAGCGUCUCGACUACGGAGGCAUGCCCAUUGUCCGAAGACUCUUUCACCGAGUCCAAACGAGAGCGCCUUCCGCCCCCUCUCAAGCCUUUCGACUUCCUUCCCGAUCUCCUCCAGCAGUCAGACCCGUCUCACAAGCCUCGCGAUGAUAUCAAGCCUCUUCAUGUUCUCCAACCUGAGGGCGUGUCAUUUAAGAUGGAUGGCAAUGUGCUCGAGUGGCAGAAAUGGAAGAUGCACAUCGGAUUCAGCCAUCGGGAGGGUAUCGCAAUCUCGACAGUUACAUACAACGACGACGGCGAAAUCCGUCCUAUUCUGUAUCGUCUGUCGCUUGCAGAGAUGGUCGUUCCAUACGGCGCACCGGAAUUCCCUCAUCCUCGCAAAUUCGCAUUUGACAGUGGCGAAUACGGGAUGGGAACGAUGGCAAACGAGCUAUCUUUAGGUUGUGAUUGCCUCGGGCAGAUCCACUACCUCCCUGGCGCGUACGUCACACAUGCUGGAACCCCAUUUACUAUCAAGAAUGCGAUAUGUAUUCACGAAGAAGAUGCUGGUGUUCUUUGGAAGCACACUGACUAUCGUCCCGGUGGCCGUCAUCAGACCGUUCGCAGCAGGCGUCUUGUCGUCAGCAUGGUCUGCACGCUUGCAAACUACGAGUACAUCUGGAACUUUUAUUUCUACCAAGACGGUAACAUUGAACUUGAAAUCCGUCUUACCGGCAUUCUUCAGGUCUAUGUCGCUGGCCAAGAUGAACCUAACCCUUAUGGUACGACUGUUGCUCCGAACGUCAAUGCACACAACCACCAGCACCUGUUCUCCGUUCGGGUCGACCCGAUGCUCGACGGUCUCUACAACUCCGUCGUCGAGUCCGACAUUGUUCCUCUCAGUGCCCCUACUGGCUCAAAAGGGAACUUCGCCGGCAACGGUUUCGUUGUAAAGGACAAGGUGCUCAAGUCCCAAGUGCAAGAUGGCGCUCGCGACUUCGACUGGGCUCGUGAACGUCGCUGGCGCAUCACCAAUCCCGCGCGAACGCAUUAUUCAUCAGGCAAGCACUCAAGUUAUGCUAUCAUGAUGAAGGGAGGUGUGCUUCCACUUAUGGCGCAUACUGAUUCCUGGGUUGCUCGUCGUGCUUCGUUUGCCCACAAGACGUUGUGGGUUGUAAAAGAUAAGGAGGGUGCAGAUGGUAGCAGGAUGUGGCCUAGUGGAAAGUACGUCCCACAGACGCGUGAGGAGCCUGAGGACUCUGUUGGCAGAUGGGUCAAGGAAGGAGACGGAAGCAUCGAGAACGAGGACAUCGUGCUCUACCUGACUGUCGGCACGACUCACAUUCCUCGCCCUGAGGAUUGGCCUGUGUGAGUACCACUUACUGAAUAAAAGAGUUGGACCGCCUAACAAUUUCUUCUCGAAGAA